ACCGGAAGCCACGUUAGGUAUUAAAGGAUCAAGUUUCACAGGUGAUGGAAGAUAAACAGAGAAGAGUGAGCCAACCUGGAAACUGGCCCCUGGGGCAGCAGCGACCCGGGGAGCAGGUCACCUGACCAAACGGAAGCCUGAGUGACCUCCAGGUUUUCCGAUUUCCAGGGAUCCGGGAGCCCUGUGAGAAGCAUUUGUAAACACCGGCUCAGCUUCUCCGUGUCAAAGGUGUCACCUGAAACCGCCCACCACUUCACCAGUUGUAGCCAGAAGGCCUGGCUUUCAUUCUCACCAUUAAUAGCCCAAGAUAAGGACGUGUGUUGACAGGAGACUUGCCAACACAUUUCUGUGAGAUGACACAUCUCCAUCACCAGCUCAGCUCGCUCCCCCGUGAACAGUAGCCAGAGACAAGCAGCCCGGCCCCUUCCUGAAGGAAUGGAUUUCUGAUUUCAUCGUCUGGACGACUUUUAUUUACCUUACUCAGAACUCUGCAGAAUUGAGUACCCUGUGUCACUGACCUGUGUCCUUAUUUUGCACUGAGUCUGUCCUUAGGCGGAACGAGAAAGUAAGAGAACACCAGCGAUGUUUGGUGAUAAGCACUGAUUCUGAGGUCUAUAAAAGUAAAGGUGCUUGUCUGGGAGAAGGCAGAAGCUCCGGCAUGUCCAUCACGAUGCUCCCAGGAGUCCUGGCUGCCUUCUUCUUCUUGAGCUGGACUCGGUGUUGGUCCCUGCCCCUUCCCAGCGAUGGCGAGGACGAUCUGUCCGAGGAGGACUUCCAGCUUGCCGAGCACUACUUGAAAUCCUACUACUACCCCCUGAAUCCCGCUGGAAUCCUGAAGAAGUCGGGCGCAGGCUCCGUGGUUGACAGGCUCCGAGAAAUGCAGUCCUUCUUCGGCUUAGAGGUCACUGGCAAACUUGAUGAUAACACCCUGGACAUCAUGAAGAAACCAAGAUGUGGGGUCCCCGAUGUGGGCGAGUACAAUGUUUUCCCCCGAACUCUCAAGUGGUCCAAGACGAAUCUGACCUACAGGAUUGUGAAUUAUACCCCUGAUCUGACUCAUUCUGAGGUUGAAAAGGCCUUCAGAAAAGCCUUCAAAGUUUGGUCAGAUGUGACCCCUCUGAAUUUCACCCGACUUCAUGAUGGCACUGCUGAUAUCAUGAUCUCUUUUGGAACUAAAGAACAUGGCGAUUUCUACCCAUUUGAUGGACCUUCCGGUCUGCUGGCUCAUGCUUUUCCUCCUGGGCCAAACUAUGGAGGGGAUGCCCAUUUUGAUGAUGAUGAAACUUGGACAAGUAGUUCCAAAGGCUACAACUUGUUCCUUGUCGCUGCCCAUGAGUUUGGCCACUCCUUGGGCCUCGACCACUCCAAGGACCCAGGAGCACUCAUGUUUCCCAUCUACACCUACACGGGCAAGAACCACUUUAUGCUUCCUGAGGACGAUGUACAAGGCAUCCAGUCUCUCUACGGCCCAGGAGACGAAGACCCCAACCCAAAACAUCCCAAGACACCAGACAAAUGUGAUCCCACCUUAUCCCUGGACGCCAUCACCAGCCUCCGAGGAGAAACGAUGAUCUUUAAAGACAGAUUCUUCUGGCGCCUGCACCCUCAGCAGGUGGACGCCGAACUGUUCUUGACGAAAUCCUUCUGGCCGGAACUUCCCAACCGGAUCGACGCCGCCUAUGAGCACCCCUCCCGGGACCUCAUCUUCAUCUUCAGAGGCAGAAAAUUUUGGGCUCUUAAUGGUUAUGACAUUCUGGAAGGUUACCCCCAAAAAAUAUCUGAACUGGGAUUUCCAAAAGAGGUUAAGAAGAUAAGCGCAGCCGUCCACUUUGAAGACACAGGGAAGACGCUCUUCUUCUCGGGAAACCAGGUCUGGAGCUACGAUGACACUAACCAGGUCAUGGAUAGAGACUACCCCAGGCUAAUAGAAGACGACUUCCCAGGGAUUGGUGAUAAAGUGGAUGCCGUCUACGAGAAAAACGGUUAUAUCUAUUUCUUCAACGGGCCCAUACAAUUUGAGUAUAGCAUCUGGAGCAAGCGUGUUGUGCGCGUCAUGCCAGCAAAUUCCCUGUUGUGGUGUUAAGUGUCUUCUAAAUAUUGUUAUUUAAAUCCUGGCGAGCAUUGGACAGAACACUUCCAGCGAUCCGGGUGUGGGGGAGGGGAGGUCGGGAGAGCUUAGUUCUGGGAACAAGCUUUGGUAACUUAUCUCGGAAUAGAGGGCAUCUGUACAGUGAGCCGGGCCGGAACCACGGUGCAUUUGAAGGAACGGAAUCCAGCGGCCACGAGGAUCACCUGAUUCUCGCACGCUGCACGGAGCCAUGGCCCACGCUAUUUCCCACCACAGACAGGGGAUGUGCAGUGUGUCAAAGGGAGCACAAUGUUGAAAUGUAUUUAUAAGGACAGUUUGUGCAGGCAUACAUGCAAGUCACAGUUAUGUAAUUAAUGAAUCAUCUUUAUUAAAAAGUAUAAUAGUGUGUGAAUGGGGUCUGUGGGGAGCAUAGGAUACCAGGAACAGACAGAAACCAAAGGGAAGUAUCUGUAAUAAAGACAUUGUGGACAGCUUCCCAAAGCAGUGAUUUGGGUUUUGCACUGAGAAUAUUUGAAUGUACGUGUCCCCGUUCCUACGGACACUAGGAUCAGUCACCCCAGAUGAGAGACAGGGCCCGAGGCCGAGGACGGUAGAUGUGGUCUGUGGGCUCGGUUUAAUUCUCGCUGUUGACCGUGAUCCCAGGCCUACCCACAAAGAAGAUAAAGACAGCCCAUCUCUCUUUGUAUUCAAACAUUCCAGGUCUCCCCCAAAUACCAAAGGAUUAAAAUGGCUAUCACAAUGA